UGCAGUUCGACCACGAUAUGGCCGAUAAUAAUAAACUGGAUUUGGUUACUUCGGAUUUGUUCAACGACCAGGUCACUUUAGGUCUGUUGACCGUUCUCGAAAACACUACGGGUGUGAGAAACUUGACGGUCAAACAGAGUCUACCGUGUGAUAAGACAAAAAUAAGUCUAUGGGAGCAGCGAAAUGGGUGUCUACUACCAGACGACGUCAAGUCGUUUUACUUGUCAUGCGAUGGGUUCAAAUUGACUUGGUCGUAUAGAGUUGAAGGCAUUACGUCUGAUAUUGGAGGCGCGUCCAACUUGCCCAUCGGAAACAUCACUGUGAAUCCGCUGUCCGACUUGGUCCGGCUAUGUGAUGUUAAAUCGGACACGGUCAACGUAAACGUGAUGCGUGACUUGCAGUUAUUGGACCGUUUAUCCGACAAGAACACGCCAGACUUCACAGAGAACUCGAAGAUAUUCGAACUGGACUCGAGCUCAGACGUAGGUCAUGUGUGUCUGGUGUACCUGGAUGGCCAGACGGCGGUGGCGUCUGCGAUGGCGAACCGGUUGGAAGUUCAUCCACACGAAGAGCACAGCAGCGCAUCAGUUUGGCUGUUGGACACCACGUACCGCUGGCACUUGCUCGCCCCGAACUUCAGCAACUAUUUCAGAAAGGCUCUGGUUCACAUGGGCCUACCUCACUGGCAACUCAAGUUCACCGACAUGGGACUUACGUCCAUCGGUGAGUUUUUUAUGAAUUUAGUGGCCCCACAAUUGAACGUGACCGAUCGACUUCCUGUAAUCGGCCAAUUAGACGAUGACGAACAAUCUACCAUAGAUAGCGCUGCUCCAGUGAAUCACUUAGAUCCUAGUAUUUUAAAAACUACGUUCAAGAUGUCUAAAAGUAAAAAAAAUUCAAACAAAUAAGAGUUCCUACUUGAAUUAAG